AUGUUUGGUGCGUUUCGGGCUACACUUGCAUCUUGUGGCGGCUUGUUAUGGAAAAAUCCUGCAAGAAUGAGCAAAACUCGAAAAGCAAAUGUUCGAAAACGUCUAAAAGCCGUUGAUAAAGUGAUCGAGACAGUGAUUGACUCGGGAGUGAAACUUCGCGCGUUGGAGGUAGCCAUCAAAGACACGCCCAAAGAAUCAACAAUGCAACCACGAGACAAGUAUACGGUAUUCAGUAGAAAACAUAAAAAAUACCGAAAAUCUUUUCAUAAAGUACCUAAAUUCACUAAAGUUACGAUGCGCAUAACUCCCGAGGGAUUCUAA